CUGCUGCCUGGUAACGUCAGCGCUGCCAGCGUGGAGACAGGGAGCAGGCUCGGGGCAGCAGCAGCAGGAGGAGGGAACGCGGAAGUCCUCACAGCAACAAUCCCGGAGAGCAGACCCUGGCAGAGGGCAGAGCAGCUGACACCCAGCGAGCAGCAUGCAGAGACCCUUCACUCAGAUGGUUGACCCAACCUUGGCAGAAAUGGGAAAGAACCUUAAUGAAGCCAUGAAAAUGUUGGAAGAGAAUCCGAGGUCAGCAGAUGAUGAAAGGGAUAUCAACAAAUACACGAGGAAGGAUAUCCCUGGGCCACUUCAAGGAAGUGGUCAGGAUAUGGUAAGCAUCCUACAGCUAGUUCAGAACCUCAUGCAUGAAGAGGAUGAAGAGGAGCCUCAAUCUUACCGGCGAAUUCAGAAUGUUGGAGAACAGGGACACAUGGCCCUGCUAGGACACAGCUUAGCUGCUUAUAUCUCUGUACUGGGCAGGGAGCGACUAAGGAAGCUGACCACCAGAAUUCUGUCUGACACAACACUGUGGCUAUGUAGGCUAUUCAGAUACGAAAAUGGUUCGGCUUAUUAUCACGAGGAUGAUCGCGAAGGUCUUCUUAAAGUGUGCAGGCUUGUUAUACAUUCCCGCUACGAAGAUUACACAACGGAAGGAUUCAAUGUUUUAUGUAACAGACAGCCUGUUAUUUACAUUAGUGCUGCUUCAAGGCCAGGACUCGGCCAGUCUCUUUGUAAUCAGCUUGGACUUCCUCUUUCCUGCCUGUGCCGUGUGCCUUGUAAUACCAUGUUUGGAUCCCAGCAUCAGAUGGAUGUGGCAUUGCUGGACCGACUUCUAAAAGAUGACCUUCAGUCUGGAAAAUGUCCUCUUCUGCUGGUGGCCAAUGCUGGUACACCAGGUGCAGGACACACAGACAAGCUAGCAAGACUGAAAGAGCUUUGUAAUCAGUACAAUAUAUGGCUGCACGUGGAAGGAGUAAAUUUGGCAACCUUGGCUUUAGGAUAUGUUAAUUCUUCAGUUUUGGCGGCAACAAAGUGUGACAGUAUGACUCUGACUCUUGGGCCGUGGUUAGGACUCCCUGCAGUCCCUGCCGUGACUUUGUACCGUCAUGAAGAUCCAUCUCUGUCACUUGCUGCAGGCCUAACAUCUAGCCAGCCUGUUGAGAAGCUCCGAGCACUUCCCCUGUGGUUGUCUCUGCAGUAUCUCGGCCACAACGGGAUCAUUGAGCGAAUAAAACAUGCAUCUCAACUGAGUCAAAAACUGCUUGAGCAUUUAAAGAACCUGAGCUAUAUUAAAACAUCGGUUGAAAAUGAGGACAGCUCUCCAGUGGUCGUUUUCAAAUACAAUUACGAGGGAUCAAAAUCAGAUUCCACUCUGAAUUUGAGCAUUAUAGAAAGAGAAGCCGAUGCUAUGAACCAGUGGUUAGGAGACCAGCUGGCUCUACAUGUUCCAUCCUGUGGAGUGGACAUCGUGGAAUUAGAAGAUGAAGGCACUUGUGUGCGAUUUAAUCCUCUCAUGACAUCAGCUGUUUUAGGUACCACAGCUGAGGACAUUGAACACUUGGUGCAGUGUAUAAAUGUGAAGAUUCCCAUCAUACAAAACACAUUACAACUCCGAGAGGAAUUCAGGCUAGAAGUUGAAAGGAUAGCAGGCCUCUUAUAUAUUGUUGACUACAGCUGGGCCGGCCUCGGAGUUUUAAGAUAUGAUCAUUUCACCGAGGAGGUGGAUGAAACUAAGCGAGAAGCAGAACAAGAGAAGAUUAAUGCUGCACUCCUUAAGAAGCUAAAUGAGCUGGAAUCUGAUCUUUCCUUUUCUACAGGGCCCGAGUUUGGGGCAGAGAAAUAUUGUGUAUAUAUUGGAAUGGUAUCCGAAGAUGUGGAUAUUUCAGAGCUUGUCGAAACCAUUGCAGCAAUGGGCAGAGAUAUUGAAGAAAAUUCAAAGUUGCUGGAGAACAUGACCGAGGUUGUACGAAAAGGCAUUCUGGAAGCAGAGGAACAACUUCAAAAGGCUAAUGAAGAAAGACUUUUACAGGAGGGUGUGCUACGGCAGAUCCCAUUGGUUGGGUCAAUGCUCAACUGGUUGUCUCCAGUCCAAGCCACACCAAAGGGCAGAACUUUCAAUCUGACUGCAGGUUCUCUGGAGUCUACAGAGCCGACAUAUUCCUCUAAAGCACAGGGCAGUGGAAUGACACCCCCUGCAACACCAACUUCUGGACAGACCAGAAGAUAUCCAGGUCAGAAGUUGUUUAAGAGGCUGUCCAGAAACUCCGAUGCACUGAGCGAGACAAGCUCAAUAAGUCACUUGGAGGAAGUAGAAACCAUGGAAUCUCUUUCUACACCAGAAAUACAACCCCCAUCACAACCUAUAUUUGAAGCACUACCUUCACAACCGACAACUCUUGAAAGCGGAACCCCAAGUGAGGUAUCCCAAGACGUGGAAGCAUUAAGCCUUCACACAGAGGAAUCAGAAGGCCUGAGAUAAAGUGAACCCUUGUGGAGAGAGGUUUCAUAGUGCUUAACAUGAACUCUCAAGUUGUAACGGUAUAUCUGAUUUAUAAUGUGAACCGUGCCACACAAUUCUACAGUAGAAUGUACUGUAAAUUAAAUUAUUAACUUGUCUGCACAAAUAAUAGAAUUUAAUGAGGCUUUUCCUUAAAGUUAGAUGAGCUUGAGAGUACUGCUCUUCCUUGGCAGUUUCAUGCCAUGUCUUGAAACUCCAGGGUUGACCCUCUGUUAACUCAAUAAUCAGAAUGGUUUUUAAUUUUGUAAUCUUUAUUCAAAAGGUUGGGUCAUUCUUCCAUUUUCCCAUAACCGAAAUUAGUCUUAACUGAAAUGUAAACUCUGGGGUGGAAGUAAAACCUAAAGGGCAUUUUACAUCUAUGAAGAUUAUUUAUGUUCUUGUUUAAAAAAAUAAAUACAUCUAGGUUGGUCUUUUUACAAAUAAACAGCUAUGUUUUCGAACAUCUGUUUAACUGAUUAUGUACAUUGUAAUUUGAACAGCUAGUUGAUUGCAGAACUGCAUUUACAUUAUCGGUUAUAUCCUAUGCAGGGGUCCUAUGGUUUUGAGUAGUUAGGAGCAAGAAUACUAGUGGCAGUGGGUCCCUACCUGAUAAAUAUGUUGUAUUCAAGUAAUAAGAGACAUAGUUCUAACGUCAAGGAACAGGAAAUCAGUGCACUUGGUGGCACCAAUCUCUUCCGUUCUAUUAGAGCCAGUCAGAUUAUAUGUUACAUAUUGGCUUUCUCAGUGACAACUGGGGUACACAUGCAUAAGUUGUGAUAGUGACAGCAAAAAUAUUCUGCCCCUUUACAACAAUCAGCCAAGAGUUAUGGCAAAGCAGGCAAGAGCACUGUAGAACUCAGGAUAUGGGAAAAGCUGCAGUACUAUACCGUUAUACUAUAUGUUUGUUUUUUUGUUUGUUUGGGUUUUUAGUUACUGCCCAUUGGUUUUAAUUACAGAUCUGCAAUCUAAUCAAAGUGUAUGAUUUAUAGUUACAUGAAACCGUCCAUUAAGUAAUUUUUACUUUGGUUCUCGUGCUUAUUAAUACUGAAGAAUAAAUAUUGUAGCAAUUGAAAUUGCACUAUUUUUCGCAACUGGAUAAGAAGUUCCGUGUAGAAUGUCAAUACAUUCACAUGCCUAGUUUAGAAGUGUUAGUUACACAAAAUAUCAUGGGCCAAGUGUAGUAGAGUAUCUCCCUGAGAGUCCUCAAAUACCUAAACAAAAUUGGGUUUAAUCAUUAAACAGUCUUAUGAUUAAUUUACAACAAAACAGCUUUAUAUAAAGUGGAGUUUGCAGGAUCUUCCAAAUCUGCUAUUUUUGUUUAAAUUUAGAAAUUCCAUCAAUACUGAGGUGAAGUAGCAUACACCACAUCUGGUGCUCAUCCAGUACCAAAAAACAGUUCUAAGCACCACUACCAGUCUAUUAAAGAAAGGACCAGGCACUCAAAGUGUGUUUAAUGUACUCUAACAGCUCCCCUAAACCAAGGUUUGGAGGAACUGAAAUGUUGCAAUGGCUUAGUGAAUAAAGCAUCCUACACGCUUUGAGUGACUGUUCCUUUCUACAUUUUGCAAUUCCCUGUGUAAUAAUUGAACCAUUAUUUCAGGUGGACAUUUUUGUCAAGAGCAUUAGUCAAAAAGUCGCUGGUCUAUAUAUUUUAUUUUAUUUAUUUGGAGUUAUCACCAAAAUCAUUCUAUUAGUUUCUAUGCUGAAUGUUCCAAAAUAAGUUACCCCAGAAGAAACUUUUCAAAUGUGCAUCGCAGGGCUAUAUGAGAACUAAUGGUAACAUAAAAGUGAUAGACUAACUUUUUGGAAAACAUUUAUGGUAGAAACUGAAGUGUUUCUAUAUAUGGAGAAGUAUGCAUUUGGUCCUAACACAGAUGUAAUGUCUGUACAUGUUAAUAGAGCUGAGCACCCAAAUUCCAUACACCAAUAUUUGUUGAAUGUUCAAAAAAAAAAAUGCUAGUGAAUGUUUAUGUAAAAGUUAUUUGUAGCCACUGCCCUCACCCCCUGCAGUUCACUUUAUGUUCAACCACGCACUGGCUAAACUGAAGUUGGACAGUGCUCUUUUGACUUUAAGAGUACAUCUUGUCCUUUUAGUAAAACAAGUAUUGUUUUGGCAUUGGUUACACUAUUUGUAAUGGUUGGGGGCACUUGAAUAUAAAUGCAUUGUUCUGAUCCUAAUUUUGGUGUUGGGCAUCCAAAGCAGAUUACUGUGUCCUGCGUAGGAUCAUCCUUCUAAAUAUCACUACACUUUUUAAUUUAAGUGCUAAUAGAACCAAGAGUCUUCCCUGGUAUACUGGUUAUUGGUGCAAUGAAGUCUAUAUGAAUUUAGAUUACUAUGGGGCAUGGGGGAUAGAGAAAAUUUCAGUCUAUGUAUAAAUAUUAAUACAAAUUAAUUUUUACUGUUUUUAUAUAUAAUAUAUAUAUAUGAGAUUGUGGUUUACAGUUUACCUUUCAG